AUGGAUGCGCACAAAGAGAUCCCGAAAUCUAAAGGAGUCGAGCCAGUACCGAAGACGCAAAGGCAGACGCAGAGGAAACAGCAGGCCGGAGGACAGCACGGGUUGCAGGGAUUACAAGGAUUCGGGGGGCAGCACGGAUUGCAGGGAUUGCAAGGAUUGCACGGGUUGCAAGGAUUGCAUGGAUUGCACGGGUUGCAUGGGUUGCACGGGUUGCAAGGAUUGCACGGGUUACAGGGUUUAGGGCAGCAGCCUUUUGGGGGACAGCAACCUUUUGGUGGGCAGCAGCCUUUUGGUGGACAGCAACCUUUUGGUGGGCAACAACCUUUGGGUGGACAACAUCCUGGUGGGGGACAGCAUCCGUUCGGAAGGCAGCAGGGCGAUGGACAACAAGGGCUACAGCAGAGUUCGCACGGCGGACACGGAUCGCAGCGUGGAAGUGGAGGACAGUUUACCCAUCGAACCAUCUCCUGGCACUUCUGUUCUACUUUCGAAGGGGUGUCCAGGAACUCCACCUGCCAUCCAAUUGGCUCCGGGCAUGGACAAUCCGGAGACUCUGCCACCCAUGCCAACCCGAAACGAGCCUUCACUUUGGGUAUUUCGUCGCAAUUGAAGCAACCGUUGCAGUCCACUUGCAAAGGACAAUCAGGGGGAUUGCAACACAUUUUUAAUAACGGAAAUUUUGAUGGUUCAGCCGAAAUAUGUUAA